UCUGGCUGGUGUCAUAUAAGCUUGCUGUCUCUUCUCUAUGAUUCUGGCGUAUAAACACAAGCGGGAGGAGUUCAACUUUUCUAGGAGGAACUGGAGGAAAGACCGGGUUUCGUGUUAGCCUCGUGAAUCUCCACGCAUGGCCGAUUGCAGCCGAGGUCCAGCAGCCCGGGUGGUCUUGCAGCAAUGUCUGCAUGCGAGACUGCAAGUGAAGCCUCCGGAGCCGGAUUCCGAGGCCAAAUGGGUGGAGAUCCAUCGAGGACUUAUAAUCUACAUAUGUUUCUUAAAAGGGGCCAGUGAAGAAAUCAUUCCCAAAAUGGAUUCAAAAGGGCUGUGGUGGGAAGGGACACCGUACACGCUCAAAAUUAAUACGCUCCUGAAUGUGAAAUUAAGUGAAACUGAAGAUGGCAAAUAUGUUUCUAUUGUGGAUUUGGCCGGCAGCAUUUUAAUAAUACCUCAAGCCACACUGGGCGGUAAACUGAAGGGAAGAAAUAUGCAGUAUCAUUCCAACAUUGAAAAGGAAAUCGGGAUGGAACUGUAUUCUCAGUUCGUGACUCUGUGUGAACAAGAACUGGUUGCUAAUGCCAGAUGUGCCAAGGCUGGUGUUAUUCUCAGGCAUGGGACCUAUGGAAACCGGCAGGUUUUGAAAGUGGAUACAAAUGGACCAUUCACUCAUAUGAUUGAGUUUUGAAAAGUUUCGUCUUCUGAAUGACUAGUAAAAGUUGCUGUUUCAACAGAUAGCAGUGUAUUUAAUUGACUGCAUGAAAUGAAACCUUGCAAAAUAUAUUUAAUUAUUUAAACAUAAA